CCGGCCGUGCUCUGAGCCGCCGCCCACGGAAGAUGUGGGCUCGCGUCUGGGGGUUCCUGUACAGCAGCUACUUUCGGUUCUGGCUGAAGUGGGUCCUGCGGCUGCUGACGGGCAAGUGCGAGCUGCAGCGCCUCCUGGGCGGCGAGGAGGCGGGCGCGCGUCGGACGCUGAGCGUAGAACAUUCACUGGAAUCAUCAAAAAAUAAGGUUUUAAGAAAUGCUGUACAUGUUGAAGAAGCUGAAGUGGAGAAAUGUGUCAGAGAUGUAAUGAAAGAAAAGAAGAUUGAACAGAACGACGCAAGGUUUAAGACAAAUUUGCAUAUAUCCUUGCUACAGAUAUCAGGUUAUAAAAAACUGUAUUUGAAUGUGGAGAACCUAAGGAAGGUCCCUUAUGAUUCAGAAAAUGAAGAACACGAGGAACAGUUAAUUGAGCUCUGGAAUUUGCUGAUGCCUCACGAGAACCUGAAGGCCAGAAUCAGCAAACAGUGGUGUGACAUUGGCUUCCAAGGCGAUGAUCCUAAAACAGACUUCAGAGGAAUGGGGCUGCUGGGCUUGGUGAAUCUGGUGUAUUUUAGUAAGCAUUACACCAAUGAAGCUCGUCAGAUCCUUUCUCGUUCAAAUCACCCAAAGCUGGGAUACUCCUAUGCCAUUGUUGGGAUCAAUCUGACAGAGAUGGCAUACAGCUUGCUCAAGAAUGGUGCUUUAAAGGGUCAUCUCUACAACAUGGUCUCUGGGCUGCCACAGAUGGAGCACUUCCAUCAGUUUUACUGUUAUCUAGUUUAUGAGUUUGACAAGUUCUGGUUUGAAGAGGAACCAGAAAGCAUUAUGCACUUCAACCAGUACAGAGAGAAAUUCCAUGAAAAAAUUAAGGGACUUCUACUGGAUUACAAUGUGGUACUGACCUUACAAGAUACAAAGAAACCUUAAUUCCUCUGCAGUAUAUGAGGUUCUGUAUUAAAAAUUGAGUAAUUCAUUUGGAUGGAAAUUUUGUGUGUUUCACCAAAAACUGUCUAACAAUAGAACUUUUUUUUUUUUUUACAUUAAGAAAAAGAAAAUUAGCAAAAUUCAGUUAAGGAAGCUUGGACAAUCAACCUCUGUUUACAGGUAUUUUUAUGCUAUUCUCCAAAGGGCAGCUUUUUGAAAAGGAAGUGAAGCAAAACCCAACCACCAAACCAACACAAAGAACAACCCACAAAUCUCAAGAACCUCUCGAUUGCUUACUUUUACUUUUCUUUUAUACUUCUUAUUGCAGAAACAUGAAGCAGAUAUUUAUGCUGCAUCAUAUUUUUUAUGAAUGGAUUUGACUGUUAAUGGUCCUUUAAAAGACAGUUUAAGUUGUACUUUUCAAAUGUGAAUUUAAAUUCCACCCUUUUAACGUAACGAUUGAAGUUCAGCUUUUGGUUGAAAUUAUUGUUGUUUUAGAUUUUUUGUGUUCUUGUUCCUUUAUAUAUCAUUGAUCGUUCACUCAACAGUGUUAAACUUCUUUGUAAUUAAGAGGUCCUCAAAGGAGAUGUAUUAUUUGUUUAUAAUUUUGGAAAAGAGGCUUAAUCCAUCAGCAUAUUCUACUUACUUGUAUUCUAGUACUUACUAGAAAUUACUUCUGGAAAGGAAGUUUAUCUAUAGAUUUGUACUAGCCAAUUCCUAUGCUUGAAAGUAGUUUAGUUUGCAAACAAAAAGAACCACGUGUCAUCAGCAUGAGGAUAAGAUCUUCAGGCUAAAGCUACUCUUUUUUAAAGUAUUUCUGUUUUAAAAACUUUUGAUUCUUUCUAAUCUGACUUCAAAUGAUGAGGAUGGUUGACUCAGAAUCUGUUGUCAGCCCUUUCUUUUAGCAGCUAAGGGGGUUUUCUUAGUGGGAGGUACAACAGAUUUUCUUUAGCCAUUUUAUAAAUUUAAAAAACCUCCUUUAUUGCAGCUGCAAUCCUUAUUUUGUAAAAAUAAAUUUACAUCUGAGUACAAGUCUAAAAAAGAUGUAUUUUCCAUGGAGGGGAUGCAACUUUGAUGUGUUUCUUAGUCUUGCCAUCCUCAAGACAAUCUAAUAGAUAGACCUUCAUGUCUGUAUUGUGACUAAUUAUUGCUUAGAGCAACUUUAAAUGGAUUUGGUAUGACCAUCACUUUGUUUUCUAAGACCUUCUAUUAAAUAAGUGCCUUCUGCUGUUUUCAAUCAGCUUUUUAUUUUGAGUCUUCUAACUAGAUCACAGCCUUAGAAACUUGAGUAAUUUGAGAAAGAUUUUUUCACUGUAUACCUAAAUAGCUCACAGUGGCACAAAAUUUGUAUGUUGAUACAAGCUUUCAUAUAUUUUUUUUAAUCAUCUCAGGUAAACUAAUUAGUUAAUUUCUAGUCAAUGACUACUCCAGAAGAGAUUCCUGAACAAUAAAAGCAUUAAACACAAUGAAUGGAAGCAUGAGGGAAAAAAAACCUGAAAAAAAAGACAACCUUCUGUUUGUAAUGAGUGUUAUUACACUACAUAAGUAUGAAAUAUAAUAUGUAAUACUGCAUUUCUUGGAGAUCAUCAAAACCCACCUGGACAUAGCCCUGAGCAGCCUCCUUUGAGGGUCCCUGCUUCAGGCUGGGGAUUGGACUUGGUGAUCCCCAGAGGUGCCUUCCCACCCCAGUAAUUCUGGGAUUGGAAUUGUGUAAGUAGUGACUUGUUACACUGCAUCCGCCCUUGUGCUCUCAGUCCCUUAAACAAGGGGAUCUCUGGCUUUUGGGGAAGCUUCUGAUCAGGAUUCACAGUACCUGUGUAUGGGGUAACACAGGUCUCUUUUCUUUUUAUGAUACCUUAGGUACAGGCAAGAGUCAGACAAGUUGAAUGUGUUCAGGGUGGGGAAGGGUUCAUCUUACCUCUGGUGGGUUGAUGCUGUUCUACCAAUAUAAAAAAACCCAAAAACAACAACAACACUGUGAAGGUGUGCACAGGCAGAGUAUUUAUGGUUUGUCCCUGGCUUGUAAACUGAACAGCUGAACUGACCAGAUUGGAUCCAAACUGACAAUGGGAAGCCCAGUUCUUUUGCUACUCCCCUGGACGUGGACCCUAGAAUACUCGCCAAUGAAGAACUGAGGUCCUGUGGAGAGUAUUCUGGGAUGCAUGUCCUGUGGUGCAGCUCUGUUUCUCUGAGCUUUGCAGACCCUGGACAUGCCAAAAAUCCAAGAAAGGAAGUGGAAAGUGGCCCAAGUAGUUACUUUCUAGCCCCAUCUUUUGUCGAGUUUGUCUUUAUUAGUAACUUUCUCUACUGCUUGUAGAUCUCCUUUGCAAGCAAAACACAACUGACUUUUUGAAUUCGAGAAGUGAUCCCAAUUAUGUUUGGCAGCAGCAGCAAAGGAGAUGCUAUUUGUUUUCAUCUACUGCCUGCCAGCUAGUUACAAAAUUGUUUGAGCAAUCUAUAAAGGCUCCCCUGAGCUACGCCUGCAAGCUUUUUUUUCUUUUUUCCCCAACAGUUGCAAAAGUAAUCUACACCCUCGUCUUCCCAGCACUGAAACUUUCACUGGGCUCCUUGUUCACUGUGAGACUGACAUUUAACUAUUGCUGAGGCUUCUAAAGCCCAACCAUAGAUCUCAGGGUUCCAGUCACACACCUGAGAUGUGUUAGUGUCAAAUGUAGUUCAAGCUUUUAAUAAGAUGCAUCUUUCUUUGCUAGUUUUUUUUCUUCUUAAAUCAGUGGGUGAUCUGGGAAGUGAACUGUGGCAGUAGACCCAACCAUCAUCAGAUGAGUGAGACAUAAGGGAAUACAUUAGUUUGCAUGUAGUAAUUAAGGUGAAUGUUUGUGUUAGGCUCCAGUACACCUUCCCAGGAAACAGUUAGAAUUUGCAUGUGGUUUUGUGUGAUCAAUCACUAAUUCUGUCUAGGAGUCACUCACUAUAUGUAGACUAAUACUGCUGUCCCUGUUUGCACCCCUGGUAAGUUAACUGUAUUAUGGUGGUAGCUAGAAAAUGUAUUGAAAUAGGUAAAAUUGUGUUUAGAGAAGGCAAGAACAAGGCUUUACUAGUCAGUGGUAUUUUAUGCUAACUCUGUUGUAAGGUGACAAUCCUAAGGUUAUGGAAGACUGGAAAUGGAGGUAGGCCACUUUUCUGCAAAUUGAUAUAAUCUUCAACAUCAGAAUUUGUUGCUCACAGGUUAUUCUAAGAGUCUUAAAAACUCAGUAAAUUAUUAUUUAUUAACCAUCACGUUUUAAAUACAUAUUAUCUUACUAGAACUUGCAAGUGCUGUUAGUUUUCUAACCUGCUGCCUCUUUAAAACAUUCACUAUGUGAAAACUUUUAUGCAAUAGUAUUAAAAAAAAAUUAAAACUGGAGACAAUGUGGUUUUCUAAAUUUGUUGUUGUUGUUCCUGUAGCAAAUGUUUAACAAACUACCUUCACUUUUGUUAUUUAGUGUAUGCUUGAAACAUGGUGCCACUCUGUGAACAAAUUAAUCUGGAGAUAAGCAGAAGUUUACUACAAGAAGAUGUAAAAUCUAGUCUUUCACUGAGUAAACAUAUUGUUUCAGAAGUAACUAAAACUUGAUUGGAAAGCCAUCUGAAGACAGUGCUACAUAGGAAGAAAGAAACAAUCUUUUUUUAACUGGUUGUGAUACAUCUGACACAGCCAUGUAAAGAAUAGGGCAUUUUGUCCUAAGUGCAAUAGUAAAAGGGGCCAAUUUUAACACACCAGGUAAAUAGUUUCAGUCUUUGAAAAACAAAACAAAACAAAAAUGCAACACAAAUUAAACACACACAGCUCCAUUGAUUUUCCAGAUUUUCCAUCCUAGUUUAAAUAAAAUUUCACAAAAUAAAUUACUUAGCCUUUUUUUUUUAGGAGUUAUGAUGAAAAAGUUGUGUUUAGUUAGGUGGGAGUUGAGCAGUCAGCAUCCUUGACAAUACUGCUAGUGACGUGUGGUGAAGAUGUAGCGCGUGGUCUCCUUCUGUCAUUCUUUGUGUUGCUGUAGUACCAUGGUGACCCAUCUUUGGACUGUUGUUUUCUUGUGCCAGUCUAGACACUGUCUUUCUCUAGGGAAUUAAGAACAACCCAGCCCAAGACGACUUGUGGGCAAUUUCUUCUUAUGACAAUGUGCUUAGACAGCUGCAUAUUAAUAGGAAUUCCUGUUUACCACAAUAUAAAAGCAAUAAUGUAUACUGUGAUGUCUGUGUAAUAGAGAUAUUUACAAUGGUAGCAAAUAAAGAAUGGGUUGGUC